UAAAAUGAACACAAUUCUGCAACUACGAGGUUUGGAUACAAAGGCAAAUGCUGAAGAUAUCCGAAGCUUUUUCGGAGCGAUCCAUAUACCAGAAGGUGGAGUGUUUAUUUUCGGAGGGGCGCUUGGUGAGGCUUUUAUUGCUUUUAACACCGAGGAAGAUGGCAUGCUUGCAGUGCAACAAAGUGGACAAUUCCUUAAGGACUCAAAGGUGGACUUGCAGAUUAGUAGUAUGAUGGAGGUUGAGCACAAAUUAGACAUAUUUCUCAAGAGAAAGUUUAAACAUCGGGAAAAUAAGAAGGCUCGUAAUUUCUCAAGUAAUGGAAUAUUACCUGUACAAGUUAAACCAGUUGAUCCAAGGUCAGCCUAUGCUUCACCUUCUGAUACAACACAGCUUGAUACAGGGGCUGAAAAAACUGUAAACAUGAAUACUCUUGACUCAAAUGCAAUUCUUCUUGGCGUUUGCACUUUACUUCAAGGACUUGCACCACCUGAGGCAAAAACUGCCCCAUGUGACUCCCCAGCAGAACUGCCUCUUUCCGAUCCACCUAACCCUGGUUUUAUCAGGGUGUUUGGACUACCCUGCAGCACCACUAAACAAGACAUAUGUGUUUUUUUCCAAGGACUGAGUGUCAAGGAUGUUUUAUUGAAUGUAAAGCUGGGAGUAAACCGUGGUUGUAUGGUGAAGUUUGAGAGUUUCCAAGAUGCUACAGAAGCCCUAAAUUUUAACCAGAAUUCUUUGGGCUCUGCAUGUGUGGAGGUACGGACAGCAACAGAGAAGAUGUGGCUCAGUGCGCUACGAGAACAUAAAGAUGGUGGUUGUGAGGUUUUAACAGUAGAGCAGGGUCCUUUAAAGGAUACUGUAAACUAUUCAAAAGUUUCAGAGUGGCCAAGAAAGAAACAAUACAAACACAAUAUAGACUCAAUACAAAAAACAUCAAAAAAAAUGAAAAACUGUCAAACCACAGACCCAUCUGAUAAUAUGGACUAUAUUAUCAUGGUCAGUCAUCUGCCACUGAAUAUUGUCAAAACUGAAAUAAAAGAACUUUUUGGAUGUCCAGAUAUUGCACACUCAAAUGUUCUCCAUUUGCUGGAUUCUGAAGGGCAACGGACAGACAAAGUUUUUGUAAAGUUUGACAAACAAGAAGAUUAUGACUAUGCUGUAAACCUCAGUGGGUGUCAUGUGGGCUCCAAUGUGAUUGAGGUCUCGCCAAUAACCAAAGAAGAGAUGACAAAAAUGAUGAGGUCCCAAAAACCCAAGCAAAACCCACGGUCUAGGAAACCACAUCAGUAUGGGAAAGUGGACAAUAAAGAUGCACAAAGCCACGAAGUUGACAUAAACGAACGAAGAUGUCUGUAUUUAAGAAACAUGCCUGCGGAUGUGCGGAGGAGUCAAAUCAAAGGGCUCUUCACUGAAAACAAGCUGAAGGAAGAAGACAUCACAUUGUUGUAUGACAGUGAUGGUACAUGUAUUGGAGAGGCUGUGGUUCAGUUUCAGUCUCAAACCAAUGCUGCCUUGGCUUUAAUGCAUCAUGGAAGGGAAUUCCUUGGAAGCAAAAUACUACUUACUCCCAUUAGUGUGCAGCAGAUGCAGAAUAUAUUGUCAAAUUAAACUCAUUUUGUUUCAGCUUUAAAAGUUCUGUUGGUGUUUGCAAGA